GUUGCUCUUCUGCUGUCAGUUGUUGACUGGUGUCGUUUCUAGCAACACCUGAAUCCACGUUAGUUAAAUUGAUGUUGAUUAAACAUUUUAUUACCAAAAAACGGAGAAUUACAAGGAGUCUUGCCAAUGUCAAAAGACAGCCGUCACGAUGGCCGACGGCGUGGCGCUGGUCAGCACCGACUGGGGCCAAGAAUGGGCCAAGGCGCUGACGGGAGGGAGAGAUCUGGGAGCAACAGUUCUGGGUCAUCGCAUGGAGGUGGCAAAGGCAGGAAUACACCCAUAAACCUUACCUUAAAGGCCUCCUUCCAGCGCUCUAACAGCCAUGAUAAAGUGAGGAAGAUCGUGGCAGAGGAGGGACGUGCCGCACGGAACCUCAUCGCCUGGAGCGUCCCGCUGGAGAACAAGGAGGAGGACGGGAAGUCCAAGUCGCACUCCAACACCAACCCGCGGUCGCAGAGGAUCAACACGGGUCUGCACAGGAACAAAAAACAGAAUGCGGGCCUGGACAGUAAGAGUGCAGCCGGGGCCUUGCUUGAUAAGAACACUGAGAAGAGCCCCACCAAGGCCAGGCAGCCCCGCAAGGUGGACCUGAGGGCGCGAUACUGGGCCUUCCUCUUCGACAACCUGCGGCGCGCCGUGGACGAGAUCUACGUCACCUGCGAGUCGGACCAGAGCGUGGUGGAAUGCAAGGAGGUCCUGAUGAUGCUGGAUAACUAUGUCCGGGACUUCAAGGCGCUGAUCGACUGGAUCCAGCUGCAGGAGAAGCUGGAGAAAACUGACGCCCAAAACAGACCCACCUCUCUGGCCUGGGAGGUGCGAAAGAUGUCCCCAGGACGUCAUGUGAUGCCCAGCCCCUCAGCCGACAGAAUCAUCCCCUCGCCAAGCGCAAGGAAGUCCCUCAAUUUUGGGGGCCACCCUCCCACGCUGGCUGUAGCCCGUCUCACCCACUCGGGCCCCAGCUGGGCUGACCGGGUCAAGUCCUCCCAGCCCCUCCCCAUCUCCAGCCAGGGCCCUCCCUGUCCUCGAGAGAAAUUGGGUAAGAAGGAUGCGGAGGGGUGGGAGACGGUCCAGAGGGGGCGGCCCUCGCGCCCACGCUCCGCUGCCAUGGUGGCCAAGGUGAGCCCCGUCCGGGCCCACGUGACCCCCAAAGACGACAGCGACAAGGAGAACCGCCAGCUCCAGGGCCCUGCCCCCCUGCCCUCCACCGACGCCACCCCGCCGGAGGGGGACAAGCCAGCCCAGCCCGCCCCCCUGGAGGACAAGGGUGACAUCAUCGAGCCUCCGGCCGACGGCACACAGGAUUUGGGGCCGCCCACGGGCGCGCCCGUCGAGGACCCGCCUGCCCCGCCCCCUUCCACGUCCACGCCCCCGGCCACACCCCCGCCCCCAGACCCAAAUGGCGUGGACGCUGCGUGUCCUAAGCAGGGCGAGGGGGAGGGGGAGGGGUACGCAGAGGGCCAGACGCUCGUCCCUGCAGAGUCUGUCCCGGGACAGACCCCCGCAGCAGCCCUGAAACCGGAGAGUGCGCUGGACCCCACUGAGCUUUCCACCCCGCAGUCCAUGGCGGAGGUCCUGGCGAAGAAGGAGGAGCUGGCGGACAGGCUGGAGAAGGCCAACGAGGAGGCUAUCGCCAGCGCCAUUGCCGAGGAGGAGCAGCUGACCCGCGAGAUCCAGGCCGAGAACAACGAGCUGGAGACCGACACUGAGAGCGACUUCUCUGCCAGCAUGGGCAGUGGAGGCUGUGGGCUGAAUAUGGACUGGAGUGAGAUGUUAGCUGACUAUGAUGCUCGCGAGCCCUGGCGACAGAGCACCUCCUGGGGAGACAUCGUGGAGGAGGAGCCGGCACGCCCCCCCGGGCACGGCAUCCACAUGCACGAGAAGCUGUCCUCCCCAUCCCGUAAGAGGACCAUCGCCGAGUCCAAGAAGAAGCACGAGGAGAAGCAGCUGAAGGCCCAGCAGCUGCGGGAGAAACUGCGUGAGGAGAAGACCCACAAGCUGCAGAAGCUCCUGGAGAGGGAGAAGGAGGUGCAUAAGUGGAAGGAGGAGUUGCUGGAUCAGAGGAGGAGGAUGAUGGAGGAACGUCUGCUCCACGCUGAGUUUAAGCGCGAGCUGCAGCUGCAGGCCAUAGUGAAGAAGGCACAGGAGGAGGAGGCCAAGGUGAAUGAGAUCGCCUUCAUUAACACCCUGGAGGCGCAGAAUAAGAGGCACGACGUGCUGGCCAAGCUCAACGAGUACGAACAGCGCCUCAACGAGCUGCAGGAGGAGCGCCAGAGGAGGCAGGAGGAGAAACAGGCUCGAGACGAGGCCGUGCAGGAGCGGAAGCGAGCCCUGGAGGCGGAGCGUCAGGCUCGGGUGGAGGAGCUGCGGGCGAGGAGGCGCGAGCAGGAGGCGCGCAUCGAGCAGCAGAGGCAGGAGAAGGAGAGGGCCCGGGAGGACGCGGCGCGGGAGAGAGCCAGAGACCGUGAGGAGAGGCUGGCUGCUCUCAGCGCUGCCCAGCAGGAAGCCAUGGAGGAGCUCCAGAAGAAGAUCCAGAUGAAGCACGAUGAGAGCAGCCGUCGGCACAUGGAGCAGAUGGAGCAGCGGAAGGAGAAGGCGGCUGAGCUGAGCAGCGGACGACACGCCAACACCGACUACGCCCCCAAACUCACGCCCUACGAGCGCAAGAAGCAGUGCUCGCUCUGCAACGUCACGAUCACCUCUGAGGUGCACCUGUUCAGCCACACCAAGGGCAAGAGGCACCAGCAGGCCGUCCGCGAGGGCAGCAGCAUCCAGGGCCGGGAGCUCUCCGACGAGGAAGUGGAACACCUGUCCUUAAAGAAGUACAUCGUGGAUAUUUUGACGGACAGCUCCAUAGUCGUGGAGACUGCCAAAGACAACGAGGAGCGGCAGAAGGCUCGGAAGAAGGCAAAGAAACUGCGGGCGAGGAUGAAUUCAAGGGCCAAGGAGUACGAGGCCUCCCUGGAGGCCAGGACGCCCGUCCCGGACUCCCCCUACAAAGCCAAGUUGCAGCGGCUGGUGAAGGACCUGGGCAAGCAGCUGCAGGGGCAGGAUGGCGGGCAGUGGGCCCCCAACAAGGUGUCGGGUUUGGACAGGACCCUGGGAGAGAUCUCUCGCAUCCUGGAGAAACAGAACAAUGCGGAUCAAGUGGCGUUCCAGGUCGGAGGGGGGCUCUCGGCCCUGGAACAGAUCCUGCAGGUAGUCGUCGCGGCGACCACUCCUGCCACGGUCCCGCGCAUUCCGCUGAAGUCCCUUUGCAAUGCAGUGAACACCUUCUGCCUGGCCUGCUCCGGCUGCUAUAGCAACUGCUCCUACGUGCUCUUCAGCAACAAGAUCACCUUCCUGAUGGAUCUGCUGUUACAUCAGCUAAUGCUCUAUGUCCCCGAUGAGGACACGUCCAUCUUCGGGCGCAGUGUCAACAAGCAGGUGUUUGAGGGCCUGACCACCGGCCUGCUGCAGACCAGCGCCACUGUCCUGGAGACGCUGCUGUCCUCUCGACCUGAGGGUUCCCGCGGAGACCCCCCCCGCAUAACCUCCCCCGUUACCAAGAGCAAGACCUCCGCCCUGGAGCCCUUCAACACUCGCGUGCAGGACCUCAUCAGCUACGUGGUGAACAUGGGUUUGAUAGACAAGCUGUACAGCUGCUUCCUGUCAGUCCAAGGCCCGGUGGACGAGAGCCCCAAGAUGGCCGCCUUCCUCCAGCAGGCCACCGCUCUGCUGCACAGCAUGUGCAGGCUGUGUUUCGCGGUGACAGGCCGCGCUCCCAGCAUCUUCGACAACAAGCGGCAAGACCCCACGGGGCUGACGGCCCUGCUGCAGUCCACCGACCUGGUGGGCGUGCUGCACACGCUCUACUGCAUCCUGCUCCACGGCUCGGCCCCCGAGCCCGCGUCCGCCGGCCCCCAGGAGGGCUACCCUCCCUCCGUCAUCCAGGUGGCCCUGCAGGGCGUGCGCUUCCUCAACAGCUUCGCCCUGCUGGACCUGACGGCCUUCCAGUCUGUCCUCGGUGCAGAGGGACUCUCCCUGGCCUUCCGACACAUCGUGGGGUCCCUGCUGUGGUACUGCUCCCAGCGUCCGAGUGAGGAGCUCCUGCACGAGGUCAUCGUCUGCGUGGGUUACUUCACCGUGAACCACCCCGACAACCAGGUGAUGGUGCAGUCUGGCCGCCAGCCCAGCGUGCUGCAGAAACUGUGUCAGCUGCCGUUCCAGUACUUCAGCCACCCGCGGCUCAUCCGCGUGCUCUUCCCCAGCCUCAUCUGCGCCUGCCACAGCAACCCCCAGAACAAGGUCAUCCUGCAGCAGGAGAUGAGCUGCGUGCUGCUGGCCACCUUCAUACAGGACUUCGCUCAGAGUUCCAGCCAGACAGAAAGCAAGACGUCCUCGCAAGCAGAAAAAGUCCCGCUGUCUCUGGACUACCUCGAGCUGUCAAACCGUUUCCCCCGAGAGCAGUGGGAUGCGGCCCUGCAGUUUUUCCUGAAGAAGGAAGCCGAUUGAUCCCGCGGCAGCUGCCUCACCUCUCUCACAACUGUGUUAGCGAGACACACAAACUCGCUGCAAAACAGCACAGUAUGGCUGUACGUUCUGCCUGCAUCGUUGAAGGAUAACGUUAGCUUUAGUGGUCCAGUUCCGUUUAUUAUACCUAGUUUUCAUUUUUGAUAAUAGGUCUCCAACCAUUUGGUAAGAAACUCAUCAGACAUACAAUACAUUUCCCCCACUGUUGAUCAGGCUGAUUGUAGCUAUUUGUUUUGCGAUUAUUGAGUGCAUGGAUAAAGUGCUUUGAAGAUGCUGAUAAAAGAAUGCCGUUUUAAAGACUCUAAGGAAAUGAGAAAAGCACUCUUAAACCAGCCAGAAUGACAAGCAACUUAAUGAAUGGGUAAUGGGUCUUAUUUAUAUGUUUAUUUUGUUAACCAGCCCCUUUGUUAUAAGACUUGGGGCGUUGCCUAGUUUACGUUUUUUUCAACCGUUUUUUUUUUUUACUACUUUGUCGUUACCGCGACUAGUGUGCGUCUGUCCUGUACGUGUAUUCUUUGUUCGCAAGUACGAACCAUCCUGAGUUUUUUUUUGAAAAUGCCUGGUUUCAGGCUUGUUUUGUGAAGCACUGUAAAAGCACCUAAUUUAUUUCAUAAUUUACCAAUGUAUCACAUGUAAUAAAAUUAUUUAUUACCACACGAA